GUUCAUUGUAACCGUUAUUUCUUUCUCUUUAAAAAUAAAACAUAAACUUGAAAGAAUGGUUGUGUUAUGAAAGAAUAGGGAGCAUAUAUUUUUUGUUUAUCUUCGACCUUACGAGGGAUUUCUGUAUCGUGAUCUGUGGCAGAACAUUCGCCAAGUCUUCGCAACUUCCGGGCAGUGCUUCACGAGAAACUAAACCUAAAAAAUAAAAAAAACAUCGCAGUAAGGGAUCAACUUGAAAGUUAAGAAUGAAAGAAAAGUCAGAAGUAUUAAAACCUCACAGUAGAUCUGAGAAAUCCUCACGUCAUGUCCAAAGACCUUCCAAUGAUCAUCUCCAUAUGGCUUCUAACAGAGAUAAGUCAGAACACAGGUCUUCAAAAAAGAAUCAUUCUAACAAGUAUGCUGAUGAUGAAUACAGAAGUGUAAAAGAAAGCAGCAAAAAGAAAAAUUACAGGAAUGAAAUCAACUACGAUGAAUCAUAUGAAGAACUUUCUCGUAAGAAACGAAAAAUUGAAAAAGAGCUUCAGGCGUUAGAUUUAGAAGAAGCCGCUGCCAAAAAGCAAAAAAUAGACAAGACAUCUAAACAUCAAAUUGUUAGUGAUGGAGAAAAAUCUACAAGUGAUGAGCGUUCUAAUUCUGGAAGAAAUAGUUAUAAAAGUGAAAGAAGAACAUCCAAACAUCAUACUGUUAAUGCUAAGGAUAAACCAUCAAGUGAAAACAGGCGGUUGACUUUUGAAAGAAACAGGCAAAAUUUAGAUGGAAGGACAUCUAAACAUAGAAAUGUUAGUGACAAGAAUGAACCAUCGAGUGACGAGAAUAGGCGUCUGGCUUCUGAAAGCAAUAGGCAGAGACCAGAGAGAAGGAAAUGCCAAAAUGUUAAAGUCAAAGAAGAGCCACUGAGUGAUGAAGAUAGGGAAAGAAAUAGGCACAAAUCAGAGAGGUUUACAUCCAGGCACCAGAACGUAAGCGUAAAAGACGAGCCAUCGAGUGACGAGAAUGACCGACUGCCUUCUGACAGGAAUAGAUCCGAGUCUUCAAGGAUAUCUAGAAAUAAUGAGUCAGGGCAAAAAACUGCGAAAGAUAAAGAAAAACCAGAUUUUGCCGUCUCUGGGAAAUUGGCCGAGGACACAAAUAUAUUCAACGGGGUUGUGAUCAAAUACAACGAACCCAGUGAAGCCCGGAAGCCGAAGAGAAGGUGGCGGCUCUAUCCUUUCAAAGGGGAAUCCGACUUGCCUUUUAUACCCAUUCAUCGGCAAAGCGCUUACCUUUUAGGCAGAACUAGAGCUAUUGCUGACAUACCGAUUGACCAUCCCUCAUGCUCUAAGCAGCAUGCCGUUCUUCAAUUCAGAUUGGUGCCUUACACAAGAGAGGAUGGCACAAAAGGAAGGAGAGUAAGGCCGUACAUUAUUGACUUGGAAUCUGCCAAUGGCACUUUCGUCAACAACAAUCGCGUCGAUCCACGUUGUUAUGUUGAAUUGAUGGAAAAAGACGUCAUAAAGUUUGGUUACAGCUCCCGGGAAUAUGUGUUACUUCAUGAAGAAUCUAAAAAUGACGAUUAUGAUGAUGUCAGAGAUUCGAGUUAAGUGAGGGUGAGAGAUUCAAGAGAAAAUUUAAAUUUGUAUAUAAUCAAUGUAAAAUAUAUAUUUUAUUGAAAUAGCGA